AUGUGGAAGAAGAAAGAAGACAGUAGACAGAAGUAUGAGGAACAAGAAGAUGAAAAAGCUGUUAGGUGCAGUCGAUGGAGAAGAAUUUUGAAAAUCCCAGAUAUGAACCGGACCAAAGCGACCGAGAUCCUACUCUUGGGAUUCCAGAAUAUCCACAUCUUAAACUCUGUUCUGUUUGUUCUGUUCCUUGUGAUCUACAUCUUGACGUUGGCCGGGAACCUGCUGAUUAUUAUACUGGUGGCGAAGUAUGAAAGUCUCAAAACUCCCAUGUAUUUCUUCCUCACUCAGUUAUCAUUGACUGAUAUCCUACUCACGACCAAUAUUACCCCUAAAGCAAUCCAUGUGAUAAUUAAUGGAGGAAGCACGAUAUCUUUUACUGGCUGCAUCACUCAGUUCUACUUUUUUGGACUUUCAGCAGGCACGGAGUGCUAUAUUCUCACCGCGAUGUCCUACGACCGGUAUUUAGCCAUCUGCCGCCCAUUGCAUUAUACCUCCAUCAUGAAAUUCAGGCUCUGUCUCCAUUUAAUACUUUGGUCUUGGGUCGUACCAGGUCUAAUAACGUUUAUCAUCGCACCUCUGGUUUUUGCUUUACAGCUUUGUGGUCGUGUCAUUGACCAUUACUUCUGUGAUUUCGCCCCCCUCCUGGAGUUAUCGUGUACAAAACAUACCAUUGCUGAACUUGUAGACUUUGUCUUAGCCAUACCUACUGUAAUGAUUCCUUUCUCCUUUGUUACUUUCACCUAUAUCUCAAUCAUUCUGACCAUCCUUGGAAUCUCCUCCAGCAUCGGGAGGCAGAAAGCCUUCUCCACCUGCAGCUCUCACCUGAUCAUAGUGUGUGCCUACUAUGGGACUUUAAUAGCGGUUUAUAUUGCCCCCUCCAAAGGGCUAUCUUUUAAUAUCAAUAAGUUACUAUCCCUUCUUUAUACUAUGCUUAGUCCAUUGCUUAAUCCGAUUUUAUAUAGUCUUAGAAAUCAGGAUAUAAAAACGCAUUUGAAAAUGUUUAUUUCAAACAGCCUAAGAAGAAAUUAG